AUGAUUUCUCUCCCUGCGCUGACUGCGCUUUUCGGCGCAGUAGUUGGAUUCUUUCUCUUGGACCCGAAGGCCUUGCCGGGUCUGUGGCAUGCCCGAGUUCUCAACAUUCUCGUUAAACAUCUGGUCUGGCAACGCAAUAGCGCUCUCGUCGCGAGCUCAUCAACAGUCUCCUCAGCUCCCUCGACCAUCUUCCGCCCUCGAUACACACGCUCCUACUGCUCCAUUGCGGAGCUCGACUUCAACUUGCACAAAUCUAACAGCACCUUCUAUGCCGAUCUCGACGUGAGCCGCAUCGAGCUCCUGGUCACCUUGUUCAAAGACGCCAUCACCCCGCUCUCUCCGCGCACUACCCUGGCACCCGAGAGUGUGUACAGCCGGCGCAACCGGCGGAGACAGCUCAACGCCGCUCUAGGGGGCGUGGUGUGUCUUUUCCGUCGUGAGAUCAAGCCAUAUCAGCGAUACGACCUUGUGACACGCGUACUGGCCUGGGAUGAUAAAUGGAUGUAUAUCGUUAGUUAUUUCUUAAAGCCUCGUGGUCGGCAUGAGACAGAGAAGAUGCAAGAUCGGAUUCUUGCCUCAGCAGUUUCUCGCUAUGUCUUCAAGCAGGGACGACAGACAAUGCAGCCAGCGGAGGUAUUUCGUAAUCUUCGGCUUUUGGCAGACGAGGACACCACAGCCGAGAAUGUGGCUGCUACGGUUGCACCAGACCGCCUGCCUUUGCCGUGUCAGGAUCUAGUCGAUGGCGCAGCUCCUUUUGGGGGCGAGCAGGACCCGUGGACCUGGGCCCAUGUCGAGAUGGAGCGACAACGUGGCCUGGCUAUAGCAAGCUACAUGGGCGGCUUCGAUGGGCUACAGGAAUUGGGGGCGAGCUUACGAUGA